UCUGAAUGAAAAUAGCCACACCAGUGUUUGACAUGUUUUGUGACAUUCAUAACAAUAAUAACAACCAUUUCAAUGGCUUUUCUUCAUUAAAAUUGUAAACUGAUACUUUUCUUAUCAUGAUUAUUGAGAUAAGAGUCCCGAAAUGAAGUUGUUUAAGGGGUGGUGGUAGUGAACGGUUUCAAUUACAAAAUGCGCGUUAUUAGAACAAUGCAGGUCAGAAAAGUGUUUCUCCUGGCCAUAUCUUCAAUAUUUGGUAUUGUGAUGUUACUUAUAAUAACCCACGACUCUCCGAUUAACGACAUUGAUCGAAAAUUCCGACUGGAGAAGAUCGACGAACUGAUUCACUCCCAGGCCAGCUCCCUCGCUUGCAAACAGCCCAAUUUGCCGGUAUUUUCCCCCGAAAUGAUGAAAUUCGUCCAUGAAGAGUCCCCAAUUGACUGCUCAUCAGCAGGGACGGAUUGGGUGAAAUGCGAAGGUAGCGAGUGUCGAAUCCAAGACGAAAUCAAGGCGAAAUACGGCCGAGUCACGUGCUCCUUCACUGAUAUAAUCCGAAUCAACGAUUUUGAAUUAACAAAUGGGGAAACGACCCACUCAGAUUCGUACUACAAACUCGAGAAAAGCGAUGUUGUUAAAGUCUCAUGUCGCUCGCAAACCGCCCAAUGGUCGGCAACCCUCACCGGGAUUCGUCUGGAUAAAACCAUCUGGGAGAGGGCGAGUUGGAGUAAAUUGCCCCCAGACGCUGUAAAAUACAACGUUUUGAUGUUCGGUUUUGACUCAAUUUCGCGCAACUCUUUCGUGAGAAAACUACCAAAAAGUUACAAGUUUUUGACUGAAAUCUUGCACGGAGAUGUUUUGCAAGGGUACAACAUCAUCGGUGAUGGGACCCCACAAGCGCUAAUCCCGAUUUUGACCGGGAAAACCGAACUGGAACUCCCUGAUACCCGAAAACGUUUCACGAACACGAAAUUCGUGAACUCGUACCCUUUUAUUUGGAACGAGUAUAGGAAUGCAGGGUACGUGACUGGAUUUUAUGAGGAUGUUCCCGAAUUGGGGACUUUUACAUAUCGCCUGAACGGUUUCAAUGAGACGCCAACUGACCACUACAUGCGGCCAUAUUACCUUGCGUCAUUGGGGGAAAGACGCAAAUGGCCCAAACUUUGCACCGGGGAAAUACCCAGACAUCAAGUCAUGUUCAAUCAAAUAAAAAAUUUUUUCACAGUUUAUAAACCGAAACCUAAAUUUUUGUUUGGGUUUCACGGCGAGUUGUCACAUGAUGAUUACAAUUUGGUGGGGGUUGCUGAUGAUGAUUUCUUCGAGUUUUUACAUUUUUUGAAGGAUUCGGGGGUUUUGGAUGACACGAUUUUGAUUGUUAUGGCAGAUCAUGGUCAUAGAUUUGCAGAAAUCAGGAAUACGAUUCAAGGGAAACAAGAGGAACGUUUACCGUUUUUCUCAUUCACUUUUCCCGAAAGUUUCAAGAAACAUUUUAAACAAGCUUACGAAAACUUUCAACACAAUAUUGAUAAGUUAUCAACGCCGUUUGAUGUCCAUUUUACGUUAAAAAGUUUGCUGGAAUUGAAUGACAUUGGGGAGGCGAAUAUUAAUUACCGAGCAGUUUCGCUUUUCACAAAAAUUCCGGGUGAGCGGAGCUGCUCUCAUGCAUACAUUGAGCCCCACUGGUGUGCGUGUCUAGACUGGGAGAAAAUCCCCCUUUCUGACCCCAUAGUGAACCGCAUAUCAAAUCUAUUAAUUGCCACUUUAAACGACUACACGAAACCCCACCGCCACAUGUGUCAAGAAUUAUCAGUGGCUGAUAUCGAAUGGGUGAUGAGAAUGACGCCCAAUGAAAAUCUCUUAAAGUACAAUAAAAACGCCGAUUUGGAUGGGUUUGUUGCCGAUUUGUCGGCAAAAAUCAAAAUCAAAACAAAUUUGUAUCAAAUCAAAGUGGUUGUGACACCUGGAAAUUCCGUUUUUGAAGCCAGUGUGACGUAUUUCAUUGAUGAGGACAAGUUGAAUGUCAAAAUGAGUGAUAUAAGUCGAGUCAACAUGUAUGGGAAACAAGCGCGAUGUGUGGAAGAUAAUCUACCAGACUUGAGAAAGUAUUGUUAUUGUAAAGAUUAGUUUUGUGGAAGAAAAACUCGCUGAAUGAUCAAAAACCUUAAAAUAUGUGAUGUAGGCAGCACAAACAAAUUGUUUUAAUUUAUUUAAGUUCCGCAACUAUAUUUUGUAUUUGUUUCACAUGUGGAAAUUACAUGAUUUGUUUCUGUUUUUUA